CCGGAGAUGGAGCGCAAGGAGAAGGAGCGGCGGCGCAAGCGGUGGGAGCAGAUCGUCGAGAUGGCGGAGCGCCGGCAGGAGGAGAUCAAGCACGGCAGCAAGCGCGUCGGGCUGGACGGCAAGUGGGUGGAGGAGAAGGAGGUCACCGGGGAAAGGACACGCGAGGCGGUCUUGGAGGCCAUGAAGCGGGGUGGAUAUAGGGAUAACCUGGCUGCGCUCGGUGGUGGGGAGCAGGCGGGCAGUAGCAGCUCGGCGGACGAGGAGGUGGAUGAGGUGAUGGACGAUGAAGAAGAGGACGAGGAGGAGAGUGGCACGUCGAAGGUGAGCACACCACCUUCAGAGCCGGAGCCCGAACCGGCGUCUAAAGGCAAGGGGAAAGAGAAGGAGACGGGGCUCGGAAAUGGGACUGGCAAUGGCGCGGUGAGAAAGUUCAUUGGGUUCGAUGAGGAUGAAGAGUUUAUGAGUUCUGACGAUGAAGAGGACGGGGGGAAGGUGUGACAGCGUAACAGGGACAGCCAGGCUGGCUCGAUGUAGACUGUCAAGCGGAUUCUUUGCUGUUUACGGAGAAACCUGGCGUUUAUGUACUCCAGUUGGGCCGGC